GAGCCAGGCCAGCUAAGCCUGCAUCUUCAAUACCCAUUAUGGAAGCAAAUAACUUAUUUGUACAACCUAAACGCUUGCUUAAUUAAAUGGAAAGCAAGGCAGUGAUUUCUGACAGGGCUGAACUUAAGUCAAGUUGUAAAACUCCACAGUGCAGCCAGAAGCAGCGACGGACAGUUGAACUGAAACCUGGGAACACGUCAGGGGCCCUGGACCACUGCUUCUCAGCCAUUUUAUUGUGAGGAGAUGGAACUCAUUAAGGUUAAGUAACAUUUUGCGCAGCUAGUUGUUAAUAGACCCAGGAUCCCAGAGGCGCUUGGAUUCACUGGUUUCUUGCUUCAGAAAUUAGCAAGAAGACCUCGGUCCCUGGGUGAGACAGGAGAAAUGGAAAAUUCCCUGUGUGUCUCUAUUUUCUUGGUUUUCUGCAUCUUUAUCCAAUCAAGUACCCAUGGACAAAGCCUGGGACUAGAGUCAUUUGGAAGGAGAUCUCGAGCCAUUGAAACAAAGGAAACAUCACAGGAGACAAGAACCAGAUUUCUGCUCUUUAAAGAAGAAACCGAUAAGGGCUGUCAGAUUCGGCUCAAUCACUCAGACACGUUACAGCAGUGCGGCUUCAACUCCUCUCUGCCUCUGGUGAUGAUAGUCCACGGGUGGUUGAUGGAAGCCUCGCUGGAAAACUGGAUCUGGCAGAUGGUGGCAGCGCUGAAGUCUCAGCUGGCCCAACCAGUCAACGUGGGGCUGGCAGAAUGGGUCACCCUGGCCCACACCCACUAUUCCAUUGCUGUCCGGAACACCCGCCUCGUCGGCCAGGAGAUCGCGGCCCUUCUCCAGUGGCUGGAGGAAUCUGUUCACUUUUCUCCAAGCAAUGUUCAUCUAAUUGGGUACAGCCUGGGUGCACACGUCUCAGGAUUCGCUGGCAGUUACAUGAGCGGAAAGCACAAGAUUGGGAGAAUUACAGGGCUGGAUGCUGCGGGACUUUUGUUUAAAAGAGCUUCCCCCAAUGACCGGCUUUCACCAGAUGACGCCAAUUUCGUGGAUGCCAUUCACACCUUUACCCAGGAGCACAUGGGCCUGAGUGUGGGCAUCAAACAGCCCAUAGCACACUAUGACUUCUACCCCAACGGGGGCUCCUACCAGCCUGGAUGCCACUUCCUAGAGCUCUACAAACAUAUCGCCAAGCACGGCUUGAACGCCAUCACCCAGACCAUCAAAUGUGCCCACGAGCGGUCGGUGCACCUCUUCACCGACUCCUUGCUGCACGCUGAUAUGCAGAGCACGGCCUACCCGUGCAAGGACAUGGACAGCUUCAGCCAGGGCCUGUGCCUGAGCUGCAAGAAGGGCCGCUGCAACACGCCGGGCUACUAUGCCCGCCAGGAGCAGCAAAGCAAGAAGAGCAAGAGCCUCUUCCUGGUGACUCGAGCCCAAUCCCCGUUCAAAGUUUAUCAUUACCAGUUGAAGAUUCAGUUCAUCAACCAAAUUGAGAAACCAAUAGAACCAACUUUUGCCAUGUCACUCCUCGGAACGAAAGAGGAAAUGCAGAAAAUCCCCAUCACUCUGAACAAAGGAAUUACUAGUAAUAAAACCUAUUCCUUUCUUAUCACACUGGAUUUGGAUAUUGGUGAGCUGAUCAUGAUCAAGUUCAAGUGGGAAAACAGUAUGGUGUGGUCCAAUGUCUGGAACACGGUCCAAAACAUCAUCCCAUGGGGAAGAGAGUCCCUUCCCUCGGGCCUUGUUCUGAAGAGCAUCAGAGUCAAAGCGGGAGAAACACAGCAAAGAAUGACAUUUUGCUCAGAAAACAUGAAUGAUCUACAACUUCACCCAACCCAGGAGAAAACCUUUGUGAGAUGUGAAUCAAACUCUAAAAAACUGAAGCGAAAGAUCAGAUGAGCUUUAAUGAAGACCCAGUGUGAAGAAUAAAUGAUUUUAUUCCUUAUCUGGAAUGGUUGCCUUGUUUGAAAACCAAAGUUAUAUAAAGAAACUUGUAUAAAGCUUUAAUAGAGUUAAGAUUUAAAGGGGAGCACAUUUCACUGUUAUAAACUCAGCUUUUUAAAACUAUGUUAUGUAACUAUAUUCAAAUAUUAGUGUAACCAAUUCCCAAUUUUAUGUCUGAC